CACAGCCCGCCGUGACGUCACCCAGCGCGCAGCCUUUUGAGCUCUUUAAAGCAACGUGAGAUGCUCCGGGCAGCAAAGUGAGAGAAGAAGCAGCGGGAGUGAGGCAGAGAGUGAGGCAGCGAUUGUGCAGCAGAGUUUCGUGCGCGCAGCUCUGACUUAUAGCAACUCCAAGCCCUGCUCAGCCCAUACCGCUCUCCAGUGUUACCCCCCGGGGGCAAUGCACUUUAGCCUGCACCAUUAGAGCAGCGCUGCGCACACUAUCCAGGAUCUGAUCGGCACCAUGGACACCUCCAAGACCAGCUUCUUCUUGUUCUCGGUGCUGUGCAGCUUGCAAUUGGUCGGCGCUGCUCGGCCUGGCAAACAGCAGAGAAGCUGCCCGACUCCAUGUGAGUGCGAACAGGAGGGGAUGUUGGUGCGAGUGGACUGCUCGGAUCGGGCACUGACUAGCCUGCCCAGGAACCUCAGCAUCUUCACGUCUUACCUUGAUCUAAGUAUGAACAACAUUACCAAUCUGCCUUCCAAUGUAAUGCACAACCUGCACUUCUUAGAGGAGCUACGUCUUGCAGGAAAUGACUUGACAUACAUCCCCAAGGGAGCUUUUGCUGGGCUCGGCAGCCUAAAAGUUUUAAUGCUACAGAACAACCUGUUAAGGCAGGUACCGAGUGAAGCUCUUCACAACCUGCGCAGCCUUCAGUCUCUGCGCUUGGAUGCAAACCAUAUCAGCUAUGUUCCACCAAGCUCUUUCAAUGGUUUAUUUUCCCUCCGUCACCUCUGGCUUGAUGACAAUUCUUUGACUGAGAUUCCCGUGAGAGCACUUGAAAGCUUGUCUGCAUUACAGGCUAUGACCUUGGCACUAAACAAGAUUCAUCAUAUACCAGAUUAUGCCUUCAGAAACCUUUCAAGUCUGGUAGUUCUCCAUCUCCAUAACAAUAGAAUCUACUCCCUGGGAAAGAAAUGCUUUGACGGGCUCCACAGUCUGGAGACUUUGGACUUGAACUACAAUAAUUUAGAUGAAUUUCCUGCUGCCAUAAAAACCCUAAAGAACCUUAAAGAAUUGGGAUUUCAUAGUAACAACAUCAAAUCGAUCCCUGAGCAAGCAUUCAUUGGCAACCCUUCUCUAAUCACAAUUCACUUUUAUGACAACCCUAUUCAACAUGUGGGAAGAUCAGCCUUUCAACAUUUGCCUGAGCUUAGAACUUUGAUUCUUAAUGGGGCUUCACAAAUCACAGAAUUUCCUGAUCUAACUGGAACUACAAGCCUGGAGAGUUUGACUCUUACAGGAGCGCAGCUUGUGUACCUUCCCAGCGCUGUCUGCACUCAGCUGCCCAACCUCCAAGUGCUGGACUUGUCAUAUAAUCACAUCAAGGAUUUGCCAAGCUUCUCCGGUUGUCAGCGACUGCAGAAAAUAGAUCUGCGUCAUAACGAAGUCUAUGAAAUUAGAUCCACCACCUUUCAGCAGCUGGUUGGCCUUCGUUCUCUAGACUUGGCAUGGAACAAGAUUGCUGUCAUCCAUCCUAACUCUUUUUCUUCUUUGCCUUCCUUAAUCAAAUUGGAUCUGUCAUCCAAUCAUUUGACCUCAUUCCCUGUGACCGGCCUUCAUGGUUUAACUCAUCUAAAGCUAACAGGAAACUCAGCCCUUCAGGAUCUGAUCCCAUCUGAACAUUUCCCAAAGCUCAGGGUCAUGGAGAUGCCCUAUGCCUACCAGUGUUGUGCCUUUGCGGUUUGUGACAAUCUUAAGCAUUCAGGCCAGAUGAACAAAGAUGAAAACAGUAGUGCUGAUGAUUUCUAUCGCAAAGACAUAGGGCUGCUGCACCUUCAAGAUGACAGAGACUUUGAAGAUUUUUUGCUUGAUUUUGAAGAAGAUGUAAAAGUGCUGCAUUCAGUACAGUGUACACCAUCAGCAGGACCUUUCAAGCCUUGUGAUCACCUUUUUGGAAGUUGGCUGACCAGAACUGGAGUGUGGCUUAUAGUCCUCCUAUCUUUUGUUUGUAAUGCUUUGGUGAUUGCAACAGUCUUCCGACCUCUGUCAUAUGUCCCUUCCAUAAAGCUUCUCAUUGGCCUAAUAGCCAUUAUGAAUACACUGAUGGGCUUGUCCAGUGGUGUGCUAGCGACUGUUGAUGCCUUAACCUUUGGCAACUUUGCUCAGUAUGGUGCCUGGUGGGAAAGUGGUGUAGGUUGCCAGAUAACUGGGUUUCUGUCAGUUUUUGCAGCGGAGACCUCAAUCUUUCUCCUUACUGUUGCUGCAUUAGAGCGGGGGUUCUCCAUUAAAUGUACUACAAAAUUUGAAACAAAGUCUUCAUUUAUAAAUGUCAAACUUUCCAUUGUCUUUUGCUUCCUUCUAUCCAUUGUUAUUGCAGUUUCACCUUUGCUGAGUGGUAGUACCUAUGGGACUUCUCCGUUGUGCUUUCCCCUGCUUUUUGGGGAUCCCUCCUCUAUGGGCUUUAUGGUAGCUUUGGUUCUUCUAAACUCAUUAUGCUUUCUUGUAAUGACUAUUGCCUAUACAAAACUCUACUGCUCUCUAGAAAAAGGCGAAUUGGAAAAUAUAUGGGACUGCUCAAUGGUGAAACAUAUUGCCUUGCUGCUCUUCACAAACUGCAUCCUAUACUGCCCUGUAGCCUUUCUGUCUUUUUCCUCACUGUUAAAUCUAACAUUCAUCAGCCCUGAAGUGAAUAAGUCAAUACUCUUGUUGAUCAUUCCACUCCCUGCAUGUUUAAACCCUCUGCUAUACAUCCUUUUUAAUCCACAUUUCAAAGAAGAUAUCGGAAGUCUGAAAAACGGAGAUAUCCUGUGGAGUAGAUCUAGACAAACGAGUUUGGCCUCAGUCAGUUCUGAAGAUGCUGAAAAGCAGUCCUGUGAUUCUACACAAGCCCUUGUAACCUUUGCAAACUCCAGCAUAUCAUAUGAUUUGCCAGCAACCAGCUCCUCAUCAUCCUAUCAGAUGACUAACAACUAUAAACUUUCAGCAGUGGCAUUUGUUCCUUGUCACUAAAAUCAUUUGUGAAAUUCAAGAAUACUUGUUUCCUAGGUGCUGAUGCUAAGUAUAAUGACAUGCAAGCAGAAAAGUGCCUGUUAAUACCAUUUGGGAGAAAAUAUCAAAUCUCUCUUACUCCUUCUGUCAGUCAUCGGCAAAAUUGGUUCUCGAUCUGAUUUUUUCAGCAUAGCUUGCAUUUCACCAUGCCAUUUAUUAUGGAAAGCAAACCAAAAUGAACUCCAGAAAAUGAAUAGAACAUAUUCAGUUCUGUUCUCCAGUGUUUUGUACACCUGCAUAUUCUCCAGACCAGACCUUUGUGUAGACCUUUUAUAAUAUAAAAUAAAUAAGCUAAACAUUUAGAAAAUUACUAUUGCUUUACAUAGUUUCCAUCCAGCUAGGCAGACAGGACUCCAGAAUAAUACAAAAAAAUAAUAAAACAAAAUCUAUUGGCUGAAAUUAAUAGCAUCCACGCUUGUAAAAACUCAAGAGUUCAAAGUUAAGUGAGUAAUAACUGUCUCAGUUUGUUUUAUAAACACUGCGGGAGUUAUUUACUCCAAAUGUAAUUCUGCAGCAACAUUUAUUACUUAGGAGUAAUAAAAAAAACAUUUCAAUUUACAGUAAAAUUAUUUUUUCCUGGUGAUUUUCUUUUAAUUAGAGAGAUACAAAUAUUCAGAAUGGAUUGCAUUAAAUCUCUUCCAGUCCCUGCUAAACAUUAUAGCACAUUACAAAGCACAGCGGCUGGUUGUUUUGCCAGUUAUUUAGGAAAAUACACGCCUUCCUGAAUCCUAUGCCACAUCUCUAAGUGUCAGAGAAGUUAAAUCAUUUUCUGAAAUUUGAAACAAAUAAGAUGAAAGCACAGCCCUUUCAUAUACUUGGCAUUACUGUGUAGACCCAGUACAGUUGGGUACUCCACUUCUGUAUCUAAAUAAAACUGCCAAAUGCUGUAGCCAGGGACAGUUUGGUAAGUUGCCUGUUGAGUGCAUGGAAGCCACCUAACUUGGAACAGGUUGAAAUAACAGAUUUCUGGUUGCUCCUUUCACAUUUAUGGGCCUGAGGUUCAUAAAUAAGAUUUACAGGUGUUCCUCACAAAGAACACAUGAAACUCAAGUAUUUUGUUUUAUGCUAGACUAGCACGGAACCAUGGAGGAAGUGCUGGAACACUGUAGUUACUGCCUGCUUAAAAGCUUUUGCAUUUGGCAAAACUCACCUAAGAAUAUUAAUAAUAGAAGUCUUCUGCCUAACCAUAACCUAUAUAGCAGCUUAGGGAAAUUUUACAGCUCUCUAAUUUAAUUUAAAAUCAACUUUCCAGGGGCAUAUUUGUGACAGGUGGAAAAUAGAGCAAACUCUCUUUUGUUAGAUCCUACACAAAUGAACAGAGAGCUGUAAAAUGUCACUACACCACACUCUUUUUCACCCUAAUUGUCACAUUUAUUAAGACAAAAAGUCUUCAAGGUGACGUUUAACUUUAGACUUCAAUUUAAAAGAAAAGUAAGAUAAAAAUUCAAGUUAUUAAUAAGGUAUUAAUUAAGUUGCUGCAUAGGCUGAGUGUACUGAAACAUUGGAAAAUAAUAUUCAUUAAAGUUAUUUAACUAAAACGUUAUGGAUUUUAAAAAUACAUAAGAGUCUUAAAUCCCUUUACGUUUUGGUUAUUGAAAUACAUUUUUCCAUAAGCAGUAUCUACGAGAACUUUCUGUGCCUUACUAAACAAGCUUCUAGAAAGAAUUCUGGGUAAAGAGUGGACUCACCAGAUCACUGCACGGACGCAUUGCUGUGUUUGUUUAGUUUUAUUUUAACAUGGUCCAUCUGUUUAAUAUGUGAUAAGUUCCUUUUCAGCCACAUAUUUCAAAUGUUUCAUAUUUGUAUAAAUAAUAAGGAAUGCGGCAUGAUCAUAUUCACAUUCCUCGUUAAUAAGGUGUGUUUACCGCAAAAAAGUGCAUUUCAUAAAUGUUUUGAAGUAGGAUUAAAGUAACAACAGUUUCGGCUUUUGAAAAUGGGCGCCUCGGAUUUCAGACUCUUUAAUCUGUAGAAUAUUUACAGAAUGUUUCAACAAUUUUAUUUAAUUGUUUAGAUAUUUGCCCAGAAAGAAAUGUGAGCAAUCUGAUUUGUUAUGUAGCUAAUUAAUCUUCACUGGUUAAUUAUUAACAUAUGAAAUACCAAAUAUUGGCUCCACCAGUCAGAAAGAUGACAUGUACAGCCUCAUAUGUAGUUACAUAGUAGAUGCCAAGGCUUCUCCUUGAUGAUUGCCUGUACUUCCAGUUAAUAUUAGAAUUUGGGGGGGGAAGGGGGGUUUGUACAACUUUGGAAUUGUUAAACUGUUCACUGGUAGUAACAUCCAAUGUAGUUAUGAAGUCAUGCCUUGAGGUUCUAAUCACCAGUGAUCUGAUCUUAUGCUCAUGACAGUGAUGGCUUAAGAUUUACUUUAGAUUUAAAGCAACAUAUAACUGCACUUUGUAGUUUUAAUCAUGUAGCAUAAUUCCAGCAUUUAAGAAUACUCACCAAUGUGAGAAAGCUUUUUAUUCCUGUUUUAUCUCAUGGGCCCUACUAAAUAUUUUCCAAAACCACUUUUUAUUGAACAUUUUAUGUCAAAACCCCCUUUUGACUCAUGGAAUGUCUGUCCUUGGUAAUGUUAGUAAAUUGCCUUUAACCAGAAGUAUUUUACUGUUUCUAUAAACAGAAUGUAAUUGUCAUUGUUUACUGUCACUCUGUAAGCUACAGUUAUUGGAUGGUGGUGGGACAUUCAAUAUUAUUUUGAAAUUAUUGUGGCCAUCUGGCAUGUCCUGCUUGGUUGGAAUUGUAGACAUUGCUGUAUUUUAGAGCAAGUUUAAUUAUUUUCCAAUGUCAGCAACAAUGGGCUAUCUACUUUAUAAUAUUGCAUUGAAAUAAGUGUGCUAGUGCUCACAGAGAACUUAUAGCAUGCUUAUAAUACUUAUUCUGCAUUGGUAUAGGACAAAGCUAGCUCUGUUGUGCAUGCAGGUUAAAUAUUGCCCAUUUCCAUCAAAAUACGGAGAUUGCAAGGAAACUUGGAACCCAAAUAAAUAGAGGCAUGGUACUACUAGAGGAUUUGCCAUAUGAUUCUAUACAAUCCCAUGCUGAGGAGUCAUUUAACGUUUUACACCAUGUAAACAGAUUUAUUUUUUUGUAGAAACAUGUAAAUCACUUAAAGUCAUACCACACUUUAAGCUCUAUUCAUAUAAAUAGAUACUCUAAGGUUUUAUUUUUAUAAGCAUGUUUGAAAUAUUGUGAUUAGAUGUUAUAACAAAAAUGAAAACGUCAGAAUUUUUUUAUGGAAUUUGUAAAUAUAGAACUGUAUUUAUUACUUUAAUAAAGGUACAAUAACAUAAAAAGACACACAUUGAACUGAUAUCUUCAAAAUGUGUUCUCUGUUCAGUCAUUCUUCUUGAGGUGCUUAUGUGUAUAUGUUGUAUAUAUAUAUGUCUAGUAGCUGUACAUAGGUGAUAUGCUUGCUUGCUUUUUUUAUUGAAUACAACAAAUAUAUGCAAUUUAUAAUAAAAUCUCUGAUGAAA